CUAUUAAAAUUAAACAACAGACUUGCUUACCCUAGCUGGAUGUGCUAAUAUGAUCGUCAGUGUGCUACGAGGUCCAGUGGCACAAACAACUAAGAUACGAUCAAUAUGCGUUUAAUAUUCAUAGCGCUGCUGGUAGCAUGCGCGUACGCAACCCCUCAGUACACGAAGACUGCGGGUGUUAAGGGAGGGUACGGUGGACAUGGUUACCAUCAUGAGGGAAUGAAUCUUGUCAAUAACUUUUACAACAAUGGGAGUCAUCAUCAAGGCUAUGGAGGAUACGGGCAAAAUUUGACAGGAACCGGAACCGUCAACUACGAGAUAGGAGUCUGCUACAUCGAAGUGCCAACAGCCACUCUAGUCAAAGACCCUACUCAUGUUCCUGCUGGUAAUGGGUCGCGUCCAGACUUGAGUCGCAUCAGGAGUUGCUGUAGUGGUUACAUCAGGAACAUUCACAACUACCGCAUCUGUGACCCAGUGUGUAAUCAAGAAUGUGUGAACGGACUCUGCAGUGCACCAAACACCUGUACUUGCUUCCCAGACCAUGUGAAGAACUUGGCUGGUUUCUGUAUAGCCACCUGUCCUAUAGGAUGUCAGAACGGACAGUGUUCUGGUGGUGAAUGCAUCUGCAAAGAUGGCUACCGACUGGAUUCGGAAAGCAAAUUCUGUGUUCCGUACUGCAGGGAGCAGUGCGGUGGUCCUAGUAGAGGCAACUGCACAGCUCCAAACACAUGUGAAUGCCAGCCUGGCUACAGGUCUACUCCCGAAGGAUCCUGCAAGCCCUCCUGUGAUCGAUGCAAGGACGGCCAGUGUGUAGGACCUAAUGACUGCCGCUGUUCUUCUGGUUACACCAAGGACCAGUACGGUGACUGCAUCCCACAGUGCUCUAGUCCGUGCUCACCACCAAACCGCUGUAUAGCUCCCAAUGUAUGCGGGGACUCUUCAAGCCCCCCGGCUUACAAUAACACAGGCUCUGGCUCCCCUUACGGCAGACCACCAACUUAUAAUCCCAACCAAAACUCAAACAACCCCUACGGUCAACAACCCCAGAACCCUAACUAUCCCGGUCAUUAUCAGCCUAAUAACCCAAGUAACCAAUACCCUUACAACCCGGGUAACCCAUCAAAUACUCCCGGUCAACAACAACACACAUAUCCUAGUAGUCCACGUCCUCCCGGAAGCCAACAAAACAAUCAUCCUGGUAAUCCUUCUUACUACCCUGGCAGUCAGCCAUCUAACUACCCUGGCAAUCAGCCAACUAACUAUCCUGGCAGUCAGCCAUCUAACUAUCCUGGUAGCCAGCCGUCUAACUACCCGAGUAAUCAACCAUCUAGCUACCCUGGCUAUCGACCACCACCGACUUACCCUGGAGGUCCUCAAUACCCAGGUCACUCUCAAAACAAUUACCCCGGUGGACCAUACCCUGGUAACCAAGUAUCCAAUGACACCAGUGCCGGAAGCAUCCAACCAGGAGUUAACACUCAACGACCUCCUUCUCCUUACGGACAAAGACCUGUCAAUCCAUCGGGUCAACCUAUUUACACGCAUAUUCCUAAUAACCCUCAGCCUAUGUACCCUGACAGUCAGCAUUUAGGUCCAGACCACCGCCCUAAUCCCGCUUACCCUUCGCCCAAUUCGACUCAAGGAGUGCCUAGUGGACCAAGUUAUCCCAACAACCAAUAUGUCCCUAUAAAUCAGUACUAUCCAGACCAGAGACCCAAUACGAAUAUGCAACCUUACCAAAGGCCAAAUAAUGCUGAGCCUUACUACCCUAACAGUCAGUAUUACCCCAACUACAACCAGCAGUCGUACAAUCAAGAGUCAGUGUACCAGCAGAACAUCUACCAGGAGAACCAGAUGUCAGCCGUGGAGCUCUUGUGUUCCAUACCAUGUGUUAAUGGAACCUGUGUCGGACGAGAUGUGUGUUCCUGCAACACUGGAUACGUUCCUAUUGCUGGAGACACGUCCAGGUGCGAGCCACAUUGCUUUGGCUGUACAAAUGGAGUAUGUGUAUCUCCGUAUAUGUGCCAAUGUCACCCUGGAUUUUACAAAGACUUCAGCGUAAAGGGGAGGACAAAAUGUGUGCGACGCAUCAGACGGUCCGUCGAUGAAACAUCAGCACCUUUAAACAUCGCUGAGCUGCUCGUGUUUGAGAUACCUGAUGAUUAUGACAAUUAAUAAAUGAUUUAUUUUAUUGAGACAAA